GGCCCCAUGUUUUUUAACUUGUAUUUACAAUGGAACAAUGAUGUAAUAAACACGCGACUAAACUUGAAUCUCUGGGUAUUGCACAUCUUGUAUGAAUAUAGCAGCAGGCUGUACUUUGAAUAUUUACCGCACAAACGAAUUAGCUUUGGCAGUGUUCCUUCCGAAACUAAUGUUUGGUCUUUGGUUUGAACCGCGUUCAAAUCUUCGUUUAUAUUGUUUGUAACGAAGGUAGUUUACGAUGUCUAUUUCUAAUGCACACCAAUUUUUAGUCACAUUGUAUAAACGUUACAUAAUUUCACUGCCAUCGAUAAAUUUAUCCAGAACUCAAAAAAUUUUUAUUAUAUGUCUUACUGGAGGAUCAUUGAUAUUAGGAGGAUUAGCACAGUUUUUAAAAAGACGAAGAAGACAUCCUCUUGCUCCUUCCAGAAGACCUUUGAGAGAUAUAAAACAAAGAUUUACAAGCGCAAAGAAUUCUAAUUUUGAUGCAUUGUCACAAGUAUCAUGGGCAAGAAGAAGCGAAGCCAGCAGUAGGAGUCACAUAAGCGAUCGUGCGUCGCUUAUAUCCUCUGUGCCUGGAGGUCCAGAUGGUGAUGCAAGACUUACUCCACAACAGUAUGGGGUUCUUGGAUUGGAGGCCCUGGAAAAAGCGCUCUAUUGUUGGGAGGAUGCUCUUACGGCGUUCAGCUCUUCACUCAAUAAUGAUACGCUCGCAUUACCGUCUAAGGCGGAUGCGGCAUUUACGCACGAUGUCCAGGAACUCCUCGACUUGGGUUAUCAGAUCCAGAGUCACGCAGAACUUCUCUUUAUCGAUCAACAUUCGGUGUUAUUCCGCAAUGAAAGCGAAGAAAGCAUAGAUAAACCUUCGAACAUAGCCACCCGGAUAUCCGGCAAAGAGAAGGCGGAUGCUGCAUCUUCACCUGAAUCAUUCGAGUCUGCGCGUGAUGGGGUAGCUGAUUUACGCGAAUUCGAAGAAUUCUCCGAGCUAUUUCCUCAUUUCGAAAAGCAAAGACUGUACCAUGCUGCGCUUAAGCAACACGAAGACAUAGGUAUUCCUUGUAGGCGAUUACAUACAGAACUGGUUAGAUGCGGUUCGGAUGUUGAAUAUCUAGCAAAAGUUUAUUGUUUGAGACAAGCGUAUACAAAAUUGUUCACUAUACCGUCUGCGUCAGCAUGGAUUGCAGACAUAGGCCGACAAGUUAUUAGCGAUUUGAUCAUGUAUGCAGACAGGGAUCCAAAGGAUUAUUUAAUACAUUAUGAAAGGAUGUUGGAGUUUCUACAAGAAUCAAGUAAUCAUAGUGUCAUGGAAGAGGAAUUAACUGCAAGAGGCGUUAAGUGUAUGAAUUUCUAUGAUGUUCUUAUCGAUUUCAUUUUGUUGGAUGCAUUCGAAGAAGUUGAAAAGCCGUCCUCUUCGAUUAGAGCUAUUUUACAGAAUAGGUGGAUAUCAGCCAGUUUUCGUGAGACUGCAAUCGGGACUGCAGUUUGGACAAUGAUCGUGGGUAAAAGACGGAUGUUAAAAUAUGAUAAAGGCUUUUUGUCCCACUUUUAUUCAAUUUCUGAACAAAUUUCCCCGGUGCUAGUGUGGGGUUUCUUAGGUCCCGAAGGAAGUCUACAUUCUACUUGUCAAUAUUUUAGAGAUCAGGUUAUUGAAUUCCUUGUAGAUAUAUUUAAUUUCUUUAAAGUAAGGUACACCACUGUUGAUAACCUUGCCGAAGAUCUACUCAGGGAAAUGAAGAUAAGAGUUGAAAAUAUAAAUCAAAGGCUUUCUUUAGAAGGUUGCUAAUUAAACGAAUACCACAGUAAUAUAUUCAUAAUAUUAAUGUAGUUAAAUAAACGAGGCGAUGGUAAACGA